GAUUUCCUCUUUGACACAUAAUGCUUUCUGCUACACGAGCAGGGCUGAGCCACACAAUUAAACUGCCUCUGCAGGAGGACGCUAUGGUGUUUUGAGAACUAAUCCACCAUGCAGUCCACCAUGAAUGUCAAUGGACAUCUGAGGCAAAACAGCCAGGAGAACUGCAAUCUGGAUAACACUCUCAAGAAGAAAGCUGCUCUGUGGUACCGACGCUCACUGAGGGGGAACAGUGACCGACAACGAUCGAGCACUGGCUCCCUUCCCAGAGGUUACAAGCCUAAACUAACCCACAGCAACUCCUUGGUUGAUUAUGCAGACCCACAAAGAACUAGUGUUGUGUUGGAAAAACAGGACAAUGAGACAUUUGGUUUUGACAUACAGACAUACGGUGUGCAGCUAAACAGUACAUCUGAAGUGGAGAUGUGCACCUUUGUUUGCAAGGUGAAGGAAGACAGCGUGGCUGAAAGUGCUGGCUUGACCGCAGGGGAUGUUAUUGUCACUAUCAACUCGGUCAGCAUAGAAGGAUUGUCUCAUCAACACAUUCUGAAUCUUAUCAUAGAAUCAACCAACACCCUAAAGUUGGAGACUGUGUGUGGUAACGUCGUCAAGAAGAUCGAGCUGGAGAAGAAACGCAACCAGCUCCAGCAGUCUUUGCGUGAGAAGUUGAAGGAGCUUCAAGCGCUCACAUUACAGGAAAAAGGUCUGAUGCGAGAUAAUUUAAAUGACAGCAGCCUCAAUCUCCUGAUGGACGCAUCAGCUGUUCUGGGCUCCCCCAGGGGUCGCCGUUUUUCCAGCGAUAGCAGUUACAGGAGUGGGAUGACAGACGACAGUGACCUGGCCAGUGUGUUUGGUGAUCCGAACUCGCCCAGUCCAUACAGCGCAGCCAGCACCACAGAUGAUGGUUGCUUCUUCUCAAAAGACUUCCCCAUGCAUGACGGGCCAAGAAGAAUGUCUUCGGGCUCCAGCCUCAAGCACAAGGCCGUCAGCCGCUCCAGCAGCUCCAGUCUGGCUGGCAGCAGCACCUCUUUGUCUCCGUCCUGGGAUGAAACAAGGAUCUCAUCCUUGUUUGGGACUCUUCCCAGGAAAGGCAGGAGAGCCAGUGUGCGCAAACAGAUCUUUAAGUUAAUUCCUGGACUUCAACGAUCAGUCGAAGAGGAAGAGAUGGGAACCACUUAAACUGUUCCUCAUGAGCUCCUUGUGCCAGUUUGACAUAAAGAGCUGUCCAUGGUUGUCGCAAUAAAGACACUUUGAUGAAGUGUUUCCUCACACUUCAAGUAAAGACACAUUGUUUACUCAGCGCAUUCUGAGCCCUAAUGGUGAGCUACUGUGAGUUCAACCUUUGGACUAAAAUCUCAGUGCACAAGCAUUACGAAAAUGUGUUGGAGAAUGUAAGAGAGAGUAUAAUGUAUAAUAGAUGGACGUAUAUCCUGCUAACUUGAAUUCUCUGUGCAACUCUCACAGAGCAGCAUUAACUCCUCAUGCAAUACUCUGUAUUUUAAAACAAUGCUGUUUUGAUCAAAAUGAA